GAUACCUUUUACAUACGUUUUGCACUGUGAACAUAAACCAGCGCAAUGGGCAGACACCGAAACUGAGCAUCAAACCUUGAUGGUAUGCAGUGGAAAAUGCUGUCGAAGAAGGUUGUCUUUCUUACUACCGGCUUCGCUUUAGUAGUGCUGGUUUGGUUCACAUCCACUCGGUACACCACGUUCUCCGCAAGUGUCUUAUUGGACCUGCCAUUCCAGCCUCACCUUACCAACCGCACAGUCGAUAUCAUUCAGGAAAACCCUUUACCGGACAUUACCAAUGACUUGGUGAAACCAGAAACCGCUGACUAUCUACCGGUGCACAUUGUGCGCUUCUACGAGACUCCACCCAGUGGAGACAGCCAUAGUUUCUGCUGGACCGAAUGUAUUAGCCUUUUGUCGGUGCUGCUGUACGUUCGCCCAUCGGCCAUCUACAUUCACACUAAUCAUCCGGAUUACUGGCCUUUGGGGCGGUGCUACAUGAUCACCGAUUAUUCAAAGUUCCAACUGAUCUAUCGACGACGACGUUUAGUGGCUCACGGCAGAUCAAUUAAGCCCGUUGCCCAUGAAGCCGAUAUGAUGAAAUAUAGCGUUGUCUAUAAAUACGGCGGAAUUGUUAUGGACAUCGAUGUGUUCCACUUACCGAAGAUGACACCUUUGAUAAAAGAAUGGAGGGACGGAAAAUACGAAUGUCUGCUUACCCGCGAAGACCGUUUCAUGAAUAGCGGGUUUAUUGCGUGUCAUAAAGGUCAUCCAUAUAUUCGUGAUAUUCUUAUCCGCUAUCGCGAUGAUUACCGCGACGGCUGGCUGUACAACAGUGGCAUCGUACCAUGGGAAAUUUACAACAAAAUUCCCGAAUACAAUACGACACUGUACGUUGACCGUCAAAUGGGCAACCACAGCAGCAGCUACCGAGGACCCAUUCGGUACAAGGAAAUACCAGCUUGGCAUUCUUACUUCCACGGCUGCAAGGAGAACGAAGAAAACACCAUCCAGCAGGCGGUCAACUCGACCUUUUGGGAAAUGCUGCACUUUAUAGCCGCGGAAGGAUACAAGGCGUUCCCUUAUCCGACUACGCCCAAAACGACAACUGCCAUGACAAGAACCUCAAGGAUCACUGCGCGACCCACCGGAACUCCGACUGUGUUGCCGAAACUCACUGACAGAAAUACCACAAGUUUGUGGUCCACAACGUCGUUGCACCCGAUGAUCCCAUUCCCCACAACGCAAGGAAGGCCCAGCGCACACCCUAGUAUACAAAUAACUCAUACCGUCAUAAAUACGGCAAUGUUUACACGCUCUUCAUCUUUCGAACCGAGCAUGCCAUCUGGAGUUACUGAGCAGUGGACUCCGAUUCGAAAAAUCUCGGGAAAUACUACGAGAAAAGCAGACACUAGAAAUUAACUUAUCGUUAAUUGAUACAUGCAUGCCAUAACUGCUUCCUACGAUGUACACGAUGUGUGCAUGGAUUCAUGAACUGCAGCACUUGUACAUAAAACUUGUAGAACUAAUAACGAGUUUAUAUGAAACUGAACGACUGUUUAUAUGAAAUUUAACGCAACCAUAGAAAAUGGUUUUUCACAGCCCCGAAUCCGAUCCAGCGUCGUAUCAUUUCCGCCAUCGAGGCCAUGGAGAAGUCUAAUCGGGGAAUUGUAAGUUGCCCGGUAUCCCGCGUCCACAGCGCAUUCAUCAGACUUCUGGUACUGUUCUCUUCCAGAUUACAGAAAGUGUUUUGUACAGUGUUCAGAAAGUGUUCACUUCACUUUUGCUCACGUCGAGAUCGAUCAAUAAAUUUAGCACUUUUACUCACGUAUGUAAACCAUUGGAACCCGACCAGGCGUUUGCUUUACUACACAGCUACCCGAUUGCCGUAUGCUACUGUGACCUUUCUAAUCUGCACCUUAUGCUUUACUUAAAUCAUGUUUGUCUAUAAUCACGACAUUACUUCCGAACUGGAUUUUACCGAUUAUCUCAAGGACGUUAAUGACACCAUCACUGCCAUCAAAGACAACAUCACUGCCAUCAAAGACAACAUCACUGCCCUCUGCACACAACUGACGAAAGAUAUUUGCG